UGUCAGUAUGUAAACAAACCUUUCAUGGUUCACACCCAUCUUCUGUGUAUGUUGUCCGUACUUUCGGUUUUAUUUAGUGAUGCGUCUUGCACGAUUGCAGUUACUGGUUUUCGACGAAUGACAGCAACCAUGGCGACACAACACUGCCGAUGUCAGCGUCUGAUUGGCGUGUCAGGCUCCCGUUAUAAAUUGAACGAUGUGGUAGUAGCUGGACGAUCUGUCGACACGGCUAAGCAUCAUAUCAUUUACUUCGGAGGGGAUGUCCAGGACUACAAAGAGAAAAUGGUAGCUACUAACUCGGAGUAUAUUCAGUGGAAUGUUGAGACCACUGCAGAGUUGCUCUCUCAACGCUUUCCUGAAGGAAUGAUAAUGGUUGUGAAACCCAAAACUAUGUAUUUAAACACAUUUAGUGUAUACUCAAACUUUGUUGACUUCUCUGAGAGUGAGUCAUCACCUACACAUAGAGAUGACUGGGGUGGACUCUCCCAUUUGAUAAAACUCUAUGCAAACAUACUAAACCGACUCCAACCAGGAGACCAUGACCCCAAGAACUCCUGUGAUAAAGAGAACUGUGAUACUAAAGUGCCCAUUAUUUUGAUUGGAUUCAGUAAAGGGUGUGUUGUCCUGAACCAGUUUAUAUGUGAGCUGCACAUGGUAGAUAUUGAUGAGAAUGUGAAAUCCUUUAUGAAGAAAGUGAAGUCCAUGUAUUGGUUGGAUGGAGGACACAAUGGGGGAAGCAACACAUGGAUCACUGACAGGGUCUUACUGAAGAAGUUAGCUUAUCACAAGCUUGAAUUGUUUACCCACGUCACUCCCUACCAAGUGAUGGACCCCAUGAGAGCAUGGAUUGGCGAGGAGCAGACCCUUUUUGUGAAGGAGUUAAAAGAGUUAGGUGCAAAUAUCAGACAUUUUGAUCAUCAUUUCGAUAAAAAACCUUGUAUCGAAAAUCAUUUUGAUGUUUUGAAGCAGUUUUGAUUGUUCAGUGCAGAGCAAUGCAAGGGUUAACCAUUUAAGUAGUUCAGAAUUAUUCUUCAUAUCAUUUAGUUAGUGUUUUUGUGUGUAAUAUUGCAUCAAAGCAAAGUUCUUAAUCGGCCUUUUGACAGUUAUCGUUUCUGCAUGAAUGGAAAAAAGAUUAUAUGAAAACUGACACAAAGCUUUAAAAAAUAAGAAACUCUUGUUUUCUUGCAUUUUUAUCUGAUUGUUAUUGUUAAUUAUUCCACGUUUUUUGUGAUUUGUUUACAUUUUAACUGAAAGUAUCCUAAUUAUCCCUGAUUUCCAUUUCAGUAACCUCGUAGCAUUUUAACAAGAGGUUUUUUUUAAUGAACAUGAAAUGUUUUACAUAUGUUAAUUAAAAUAUGAUAUACCAGAGUUUUGAUUUUAUCAUGUGUGUAGCUCGUUAUAAUUCAGUGUAGAAUCAUGUAACACCAAAUCAUGAAGUAUACGCAGGCCAACAUACAGUUGUAACAGCAAAAUAAAAGUCUUACUAUGAA